UAUGUUCAUUUGUGUUUGUUCUAAGCUUCUUUUCUUGUCCCGCUAUUCGUAUUUGUAUACCUGAGGCUCACACAAUUGCAAUGCCUAGCUGCCGAUACACAAUUUAAGGAAAUUGAUGCUAAUGGCUUCACAAAUUGUGGGGUGGGGGGGGGGCGUGGCGUACGCGCAACAUCUUCAUCGAGCUUGACUUUUGCAUUAUUUGCAAUUCAAGCUAUUUAUAUAAUAGCCUCAUUAGCAUUACGUGUGCGUGUGUGUGCAUGUUUUUCAUUUUCAUCUUUGAGUGCCCAUCGUCAUGCUAAUGGAAUUAAAAUGAAAAUCGAGCCAACAAUUGAAUUACGCUCCACAGGAUGCAUGGCAGAAAAAUGAGUUAUAGACACGUUGGAACUCUCAGGGAAUAUGCUCGAUAUAUCGAUACAUAGCAGACUCAUUGUUUACUUGAAUAGAAUUAGAUUUAGUGUUGUUCUCAGCAAUUGCCUUCAAAUUCAAAUAUUUUUCCGCAAAUGAAUUAGCUGCAUUGGAAUACCACAGGAUGUUUCGUUCCACUCGUUGCUGCGGUUGCAUGUCUUUACUUAAAGGGUGUUACUUGAUUGCGUUAAUUACCUUUAUCUAUAGUGUUUUGACUAUUAAAUUUGUGUUGAUAUUUCAUAGCGAACCAAAAAUUCGCAAUCAAAAAUCAGCCGAAAACAAUUCGUUCUUAUGCUUAGUGGUGCCUGAACUCAUCCUGUUUAUACCAUCGAGUGCGAUAAUUCUUUAUGGAUUGUUCCGCAAGAAGUGUUUAGCCUUUAUUUACGCUUUCAUUGUUAGUACGCACAUUGUCUAUUUUAUAGUAAUGUUUGCUAUAACUGCGGUAGGCGGUACAAAUAUUAUAGUAAAUGAGGCCGGUCUGUACAUUCACUUAUUUUGGGUAUUUUGUUUACUUCGAUUUGGUAAGUUUUAGUUUUAUUUCAAAUAAAAUUGAAAAGUGA